AGAAAUCACAAUUUUCUUUUGAUCCAGUCACCUCAUGAGUGAAUAUUGCAGACUCCAAACUCUUCAUUAUUCAAUCCAUUAUCCGAGAGCUGCUCUAUGUUACGUCUCGUUUUUCGGCUGUAUGUCACCAUGCCUAGUUCAAUUUGACGAGCCCCACCAAGGCAAUGUCACAGUGACAGGGAACUAUACCUGGUCUGCGUAAAUCCAGGCUUCGGCUGCAGGCUGUAAAAAGCAAGAUAACCAGCAAAUCUCGCACACAUGCUACCGUUCUUUUUAUGGAAUGGAUCGUUGGAAAUUUGCUCUAUCUGCUAAUUGUACAUCGCACCUUGUUUGGUAUCUUUCUCACCUUUGUGGUAGCCACUCUAUUAUAUCUUCCAACAUUGCUGCCUCACUUUGUUCGAUAACUCGUUCAGUGCACGGUGGUAUUUUUCAACGCUGUCAAGAUGGCCCAAGAUGAUAAGUUUGAGUUAAAUACUAUCAAUGUUUCGGAGGAACCUAUGGCUAUGGGCGACAAGCCAUCGCAUUCUGCUUCGGCUCUGGAGCAGCAAACAAGAACUCGCCGUCUGUUUUCCUCCGCACAGCUCUUUGCAUUCAACCUUGUGUACUUAGGAACAUGGUACAGCACUGGUAGCAAUAUGUAUUUUGCCCUGGCCAAUGGCGGCCCUGCCACGUGGCUCUUCAGCUAUAUUAUAGUUUCCUUCGGGGCUCUUUGUCAAGCUGCUUCAUUUGCCGAACUCGCGAGUAUACAACCCAUUGCUGGUGCUCAAUAUACGUGGACUUAUCACUUUGCCCCCAAAUCACUAAAGCUAUUCCUUACGUGGACUCAGGGAUGGAUAACCUGGCUUGCUUAUGUCGCGCUACUUGCAAGCUGUCUUAACAGCAACACCGUGGUGUUUGAGGGUCUCAUUCAGCUUGCUCAUCCCGAUUACGUACCUGGUGGGUGGCACACAACGCUUAUCAUCUUAGCGAUGCUUUUGUUCUGUACCCUUGUCAACAUCUAUGCCUUCAAGAUUGUGCCGUGGUUUGAGUUGUUGAGUGGAAUAUUGAACGUUUGCCUCUUUCUGAUCUUCCUUGUCGUUCUAUGGGUAAUGUCCCCACGCAAUAGCCCUGAUGUCUUCUUGGUCAAAAAUAUCUCGAGUGGCUGGGACAACUAUUUCAUCUCAGCAAACCUUGGAGCUUUAUCAAAUAUCUUCCUCUUCAUUAGCUUCGAGAGCGUCGUUCACAUGGGCGAAGAAACGCGCGAUGCUAAGAAAUCAGUGCCGCGAGCUGUAUUCUGGUCCGUGGUGUCCAAUAGCGUCCUUGGUCUUAUAAUGCUUAUCACUUUCGGCGUAAGUUCAUUCGGGGAGAUAUGCAUGCCUGCCCUCGACAUCCUUCUCAACUCAUCGAGUCCUCUGGUCACGAUCCUAGUCUACGCGACUGGCGAGAAAGUAACCACAGGUCUCGUAUCUGGAUUGGUUCUGAUGGGGAUAUCCGGUAAUAUGGGCGUUGUUUCGUCCGUUUCUCGCUUGACCUGGGCCUGGGCAAGAGAUGGCGGUCUCCCCCAAUACUUCGGAUAUGUUGACGCGAAGCAGAGAGUGCCUCUUCGUGCUGUGCUCUUGACUUGCUCAAUCGUCGGAUGUUUAUCACUCCUCAACAUUGGAACUUCGACUUACAUUGCUUUUGGAGCAAUCACAUCUCUAUCAUCCUUGGCCGCAUACCUGAGUUACGCCAUCGUACUGGCUUGUGUUCUAUACGCUCGAAUCACAAAUACCAUUACACUUGGUGAGUGGACCAUGGGCAAGGCUGGCCCAUUCGUUAAUCUAGUCGGCUUGCUUUACACACUGUGGGUCAUGGUUUUCCUGCCUUUCCCCAACAAUUUACCGGUUACAGCUUCAAACAUGAACUAUUGUGGACCAGUAUUUGGAGCUGUACUCGUCGGUACCAUCGGCGUCUGGUUCCUGAGGGCCAAAGGGCGCUGGCAAGGUCCAAAUCGAGCUGUUGUAGAUUUUGUCCUUCAAAAUGAGUUACAAUAA